ACUUCUGUCUGAUUUGGUAAGAAGAUCGAAAUAUUUUCUAUUUCUGAAAAGGAUAAUGGCUAUUUUCGUCAUUUAAUUCAGUAUUCAUGGAAGGAAGCUCCCUUCAGGCAGGUAAUCAUAAGCCGUUGGCUGGAAUGUAACUUAUAAAACACCUCAUUUAACCCUCAAGCAGACUGGUGACGUGGACAUCUCUGACUACCUACUUUUUUGAUGAAAAAAAACCUAUGAAAUCGAACGAGGACAUAUUAACUUAUUGACAGCAGGGUGUGUCGUGGGUACGUUGCAUCCUAACAGGUAGAUCUGGUCAGGCAGGUGGAGGAACAGACGCAGUGAAAUGCGCUGUGUCCGUGGACCAAACCUCCACCUCCACUCGCUUCAUUCACAAACCCCCUCCAGUCAGUACGGAACCAGCCGUAGACGUUAGCGAGCCGAUUCGCAGACUGGUGCCGGUGCAGCUCGCGCACCGUCGAUAGAAAGCAGUAAAACGGCCCGAGUGUCGCGCUGCGCCGCGCACGCGCCCAACAACGCACGUUGGUCGGAACAAGGAAGUUAAUUCACCUGCGCCGCUGUCCGGACCCGCUGAACCCUUCAACCAGACAUCACAGCGACAACCCGACAUGGCAGCAGCCGAAGAGGAGAGAACGAAGCCCGGCGAAGAGGAGAAGCAGCCACCGCUGGGCUCUCACACGGAGCCGCCUCCCCCCACGGAGGACCCGCAGCAGCCUCCCCCCACGGAGGACCCGCAGCAGCCUCCCCCCACGGAGGACCUGGGUCACACGGAGCCGCCUCCCCCCACGGAGGACCUGGGUCACACGGAGCCGCCUCCCCCCACGGAGGACCCGCAGCAGCCUCCCCCCACGGAGGACCCGCAGCAGCCUCCCCCCACGGAGGACCUGGGUCACACGGAGCCGCCUCCCCCCACGGAGGACCCGCAGCAGCCUCCCCCCACGGAGGACACGGAGCCGCCCGAGGGCCCGGAGGAGCGGGCAGCGGAGGUCGGAGCCGCCCGCCCCCCGCGGGGUGACUCCUCCGUGGAGCCCUCUCUGCAACAUUUUAAGAUAAGAAGAUUCUUCGUGCUGAGGCCUGGCACACUGGAACAGGGCAUCAAAGACGUGAAAGCUCUGGUGGAGGAGGAAGUCGAUGGCAGCGUUCACAGUGUUUGGCUGAUGGCAGAGGUGGAUCACUGGAACAAUGAAAAAGAGCGCCUCGUCCUCAUCACGGACAACUCUCUGUUGGUCUUCAAGUACAACUUCGUCUUGUUCAAUUGUGAGCAUAUCCAUAGGAUCCCACUGAACAUUAUAGACCGCAUCUCCCACGGUCCCUUCAGCUUCCCCAAGCACUCCCUGCUUCAGAGGGGGGGGGAGGGACUGCGGCUCUUCUGGGACCGGCAGAGGGAGCCCUCCUUUACCUCCAGGUGGAACCCCUUCGCCAUUGACUUCCCCUUCAUCACCUUCAUCAACCACCCCGUGAUGAGUCUCAGCGACACGUUCGCUGAAAUGUGCCAUAUUGAGAACUUUCAAGAGCAGAUCAAGGAGGCGGCGCAGAAAGCGCACGUCAUGAAGCCGUUUCCUGGGAAGGCCAACGGCGUCCUGGUCCUCAAGCAGCCGAUCCACACCGAUGCCUACGUGGGCCUCAUGUCUUUCAUCGGGAACCAGAACAAACUGGGAUACUGCAUGGCUCGAGGAAACCUCGGCUUCUAGCCCCGUCUGCUUCUUCGUGUAAUAGUUUUGCUGUCGCUCAAAUAGUUGAAGGAGAUUAUUAAGCCCUGGAUUCAUGUUUGUACGUUGGUUCCGUCAGACCCUCUCAGGACGGACCAAAGACGUUUGCAUUUUGGGAUUUGCUUUGGUGUCGCGUUGAAGGGUGGAUUCUCCCGAUGUUCCGUGUGAGGUUUAAACAACCCUGUGAUCUCCCCCUCUGUUUAUCACCAGUGUGAAGCAUCCUUAUUUAAGCAACCCCCCCCCCCCCCCCCUCAACCCCCCCCGCUGCUCGCAGAGAGCUUUGUGUUUGCUCCUCAGCGCUGUGGUAAUUCAACGGGACUCCUUUCUUCCUCCCCCGGUGUGCCUGUUAAAAAGCUCAUUCUCAUACCGCUGAGAUUCACCGAACACGGGGGGCCAUUUCUGUGCAUGGUUUUAUAGUUUUAUCAUCCGCUGCGUGUUUUUACAGUGCUGGAGUUCCUCCUUGAUGUGUGUGUUUAAUGGGUGUCGCUGCACCUGGUGUGUUGUCACACUUUGUGUAUGGUUCUCUUUUCCUCUGUGGCUGUUUAGUAUUGCGUGUCUUCUUUGCCCUGUUUGUAUUGCUCCAUAACGACCCCAUGUUCAUUCUGAAUAAGAAAGCGUCCUGGAACAUAAAGCCAGUGGUGACCGUUGUCCUUUCAAUGUUAUCACACAUUCGCAAUUUACUGUAACUUAUUCCUUCAUUUUAAAUCUUCUAAAAGAAAAGCUAGAAAUCCAAGUGAGUGGAAAGUGAAAAGGGGAGCUGAUGUCAAAGACAUUUUCUUACAAUCUGCUGGGAUAGAAAAGUUUCUUUUCCAAUGCAAAAUACUUUUUAGAACUCUGCUUAAACACAAAAUGAGAAUAAAAUCUGAGCAGGA